AGAAAAAAAAUCACAAAAUUUUUCUUGGUUUAUCCCUAAAUCCACUCAAGUUUUGAAGAAAUUUUCGGAAGAUUGAAAGUUAUCAACAAGAGGUGCAAAAGAAGAGUUCGAAAUUGAUUCAAAGUGGGGAUUUCUAAGCGUAAAAGGUAUGAAUCUAGACUUGAAAGGGGUAGAUGUGAAAAUAGAAAAACUAAGAAAUCCCGUUCCAAAUAGGAUUGGGCUGUUGUCUUAGGGAUUUGGUUAUUAUCUUAGGGAUUUGGAUUAGACAUUAGAAGCACAUUAGGAUUGAGUUUUUCCCUUUAUCUAUAAAAAGUGGGGCUUCAGUUUUUUUGGAAUUCAUUGGGAAAAAUCGAGGGAGAAGGGGGAGAAAAUUGGCGAAGCUCGGAAGGAAUAUUGGAGAGAUCGAGAGGGAGAAAGAGAGCAGAGAAAAAGGGCAAAUCUGAAGCUUGUAACCAGAACUUCAAGAAAAUAAAGCUUGAUUUUUCCUAUUUUCUUCAGUGGUCCAAAUUCAUCCAUUAUUGGUUUUGUCACCAACCACACCAAUUUCAUCAAACAUCAAUGGCUAUUUUUCCUUUAACGCUUGGGUUUUGAAGGCUUUUAGAAGAAAGGCAAAUGGGAUCUUUAGCACUCUUUCUGAUCUUAUUUUUCUCUGUUUUUCUCAUAACUCUCAUUUCUGCUGCGGAUAUGAUCUACUUCAAGUCUUAUUGUUUUGACAAUGGCAACUUCAACGCCAACAGCACUUACGGGACCAACCUCAACCUUCUGUUUUCUCAGCUAUCCACCACGGCGGAUUUCAAUUAUGGGUUCUACAAUCUGUCCGUCGGUCGGAGCCCUGACCGGGUCAACGCAAUCGGACUUUGCAGGGGAGACCAAAAAGAGGACGUUUGCAGAAGUUGCCUGAACGACACCAUCUCCAAACUCAAGCAGCAAUGUCCCAAAUACAAAGAGGCAAUCGGAUGGUCGGAAUUCUGUACGUUACACUACUCAAGUCAACAACUCUUUGGAUCCAUGGAAGCCGAACCUGAAAGUAUUUCGUAUAAUAUUACCAACGCAUCGGAUGGUGAUGGGUUUAAUCGGGAGUUGAAACCCUUGUUGACUAACUUGAGCAGCCGUGCGGCUGCCGGAGGACCUCUUUUCAAAUAUGCGGCAGAUAACACGACCGGUCCGAGUUUCCCUUCGGCAAUUUACGCUCUCGUGCAGUGCACUUCCGAUCUAUCGCAGAGGGAUUGCAGCUAUUGUCUAACACUAGCAAUGGGAAAGAUCGAUGUCUGCUAUGGGAAGAUCGGAUGCAAAGUUCUACAACCCAGCUGUAAUUUGAGAUAUGAGACCAGACCAUUUUUUGCAGCAGUAGAAGUCAUUCCUCAGCUGCCGGUGUCUUUACCUUCUCCACCGGAAGGAAAUGGAAAUGGAAAUAGGAGCAACAAAACUCGAACAAUCAUCAUUGUGAUCGUAGCUUCGGUUGUCAGCAUUCUGUCACUUGUCCUCUGUAUUUGGAUCUGUUUAAAAUUCAGAAAGCAAAGGGAAAUUGUCGCAACUGCAGAAGGAGAUGAAAUGAUCGAGGCCGAGUCUUUGCAAUACGACUUAGCCACUAUUCGGGCUGCAACUAAUAACUUCUGUGAUGAAAAUAAACUUGGACAAGGAGGAUUCGGAGCAGUUUACAAGGGCAAGCUUCCAAAAGGACAAGAAGUAGCCGUGAAAAGGUUAUCUGGUGCUUCUGGACAAGGAGACUUAGAAUUCAAAAAUGAGGUCCUUUUAGUAGCCAAACUUCAACAUCGGAAUUUGGUUAGACUCCUUGGUUUCUGCUCGGAAGGAGAUGAAAGGCUUCUCAUGUACGAGUUUGUGCCAAACACAAGCCUUAAUCAUUUCAUUUUUGAUCCAAUCAAGCGUGCACAACUAGAUUGGGAAAUCUGUUACAAAAUCAUCAAAGGCGUAGCUCGUGGCCUCCUUUACCUACAUCAGGAUUCUCGUCUUCGAAUAAUUCAUCGCGAUCUCAAAGCAAGUAAUGUUUUAUUAGAUGAAGACAUGAAUCCUAAAAUUGCAGAUUUUGGAAUGGCAAGAUUAACUGUAAGAGAUGAAACACAAGGCAAAACCAGUAGAAUUGUGGGAACUUAUGGGUACAUGGCUCCAGAAUAUGCAAUGCAUGGACAAUUCUCAAUAAAAUCAGAUACUUUCAGUUUUGGAGUGUUACUUUUAGAAAUCAUUAGUGGACAAAAAAAUAGUUGUUUCCAAAAUGGGGAGAACAUAGAGGACCUACUAAGUUAUGCAUGGAAAAACUGGAAGGAAGGGACAGGAUUAAAUCUCCUAGAUCGAACUUUGAGAUAUGGUUCAACGGCUGAAAUGAUGAGAUGCAUCCAUAUUGGUUUGCUAUGUGUUCAAGAAAAUGUUGCUCACAGACCAAACAUGGCUUCAGUUGUUCUCAUGCUCAGUGGCAAUUUAAUUAAUCUCCCAAUGCCCUCUAAACCUGCAUUUUUUGUGCACAGCACCAUUGCAUCAAACAUGCCAUCCUCGUUUGGCUACAAUCCAUGGGAACAAAACUCAAAGAGAUCUGAGGAACAAUCAGUCUCCUUGUCAAAUAUUGAUGUUUCAAUCACAGAGCUAUAUCCUCGAUAGUUUUUGAGAUUCAAAGGUACAAUUAGAUUCAUAUUGUCAACCCGGUUCAAAAUAAUGCUAGAAUUCACUUACUAGAUGUACUGGUAUCUAGUACCUGUUCUUGUAAGGAAAACUACUUCCAAGCACAAAAAUACAGUGUAUGAUUUGAUUCGUUUUUUUUUAUCUUGAAAAUGAUCCCAUUGUCAUUGAUAUACUUGUAGUGGGUACAUGGCUCCAAAUUAUGCAAUGCAUGGGCAGUUCUCAAUAAUGUCAGAUCUCUUCA